CCUGAUUAUCUGCAUCGACUGUGUGAGUAUGUAGAUAGGAUACAAAGCAAGGGCUUUUCCUUCCAUAUGUGGAGCAAUGCCUUUCACGCUUGUGCCGGUACUUUACAACGACAUCAAGCCAUUGGCAGUCAGAGAUUGACGUUCUUCUCCCGUUAACUUUAGGCCGCGAUAUCUCCCUCAAGCAGUGUCAAGGCGACGAUGAUGGCGAUGAUCUAUUCUGUCUGUCGUGAUAUAUAUACAGCAUUCAAACAUGUGCCUUCUGCCCUUCAUCCUCUACGACUAGUACUACCACCUUCCCAUUCUUUCUCCGUCUGACACCACUCCAGCACGUUUUUACCCCAUGGAGGUCUUUACCGGUGCAUCUAAAGUCAAGAUCGGCAAGGGCAACUUCUCGAAUGUCGGAAGGGAUCAGAACAACUACUACACGACCCAUAACAACAUCGUUCAGACGCGAGGCAAGAACAAGAAGGUUAGCAGAGAUCUACCAGAACUUUCCGAGUACACCGAAAUCAAGCGGGGCGAUAUAUACAAGAGCAAGGACGGAGUCUGUUAUUCAUGGCGGCUGUGUUCAAAUGGGAAGGACGACACGGAAAUGGCGGUCUAUACUGCAGAGCUCAACAUCACUGGGCCCUUUGGACAGAAGAAAUUCACUGUGAAGACGUAUCGCGGGCGAAGUGCGAUGAAGGAAUGGAGGCGGGAUUUUUCGCGAUGUUCAAAGGACUGGCUCAGGUAUGCUAUGAAUCUUUCGGUUGCGCCCCAUGAACCAUUUUGGUAGGGAUGUUCCACUUUUUGGUUACGACAGGUCGUCGGUUCCUUCAUUGAUAUUCUGUGGAGAGCUCGUACCUGUUGCACAUAUUGAAAUUGGACUAGGUUGGGUGGGGUUAUUCUGUAUCCAUUUAUUGAAAACUAGCUUGGGAUGUUCAAGGAACGAGCUGUGGAUGGAUCCUACGCAGGGAAGAUUCUGUCGUGGACCAAUUGGGCCAAAAUGUCGGGAUUGGAGGGAUGAAAAGUCCAAUGUCAUAGUUCCUUCCGACGUGGAAUUCCUGCAAGAAGACGUCGUCAUUCGAUAUUUCGCUAGCAAGAAGAACGAUCGGGCGCUUCUUUUCACAGUUAGUUAUGCCGGUCAUGUUGAAACACUUGAUGAUAUCGCACUCGGUCGUCGCACUCAAGUCAUUUCAACUUUGAUAAAUUCGACGAUUGCUUUCCUCGAGAAUGUACGGUGGCGGAGUUGGACAGAUUGUCUUGGCAAAAGGCAACGGAUGCCAGAUAGAGCAACAAGGUUCCGUCUCAGAGGCAAUCGACGCAAGAUACAAGUAGAUUCUGUUAACGAAUCGGUCCCUUGGCUCACACAAGCGUCGAGUGUUUUUCACGCCCACAACAUCUCGAUAGACGAGGACCUUUCCAGCUAUAAGCUCGUCUUCUCUUACUUCAAGCUCAGAGGCACACUUCAGCAAUCCAAACGCAAACGUCAACGACGCCAAUCACUCGACACACCGAUUUAUUUCAUUCUCCGUCCUUCCUCAAAUGCUGUCUAUCAUUGGUCGUUCGACCCAACCGGCCAAACUCCGCUCACGCCAGACAUGUGCAAGUACCUCGGCCUUCCCUUCAAGCUCUCCCUCGAAGUGAUUCCCCUCCAAAUAUCCUGGUCAACCAAGAUCUAUAAAGCCGUUCGUGACUACCAAAUCGUGAGGGGAUUUGACCCUGCAAGCACGGAUUUCGCACAAUCUUUUAGUUACCCCGUAUAUGAUGUCGUUCCUGCCGAGGUUCGCUUUCAGGAGAUAGUUGAAGAACAGCACGAAAUUCCCGCUGAUUUGGACGAUGUACCGUCUUUGCCGAUGGUCAAAGGUGAUUCGGAACUGUUGCUCGGCUCGAACGUUCAUGCUGAUCCCGUAGAAGAACUAGAUGACUCUUUCUCACUCGCUUCGCUCUUCUAUGAGAUCGAAGGAUGCUCAAACACGUCGAGUGACGCUAGUCCCGCGCAAACAGCAAAUUCAGAGUACACUCAACAAGGUGAGUAUGUUCUCGUCGAUCUUACCUGGUAUAGUUUACAUCUCCGAGUUGCAUUGUUUACAAGGGGGCGUGGUACCUUCAAUACUGGGCACACUCUUUGGUUCGUUCCAGGUUCGUUCACAUGGGAAGCAAUUGAGGGCUCCGGUAUCUCAGCAGCUAUGAUAUAAAUGCCAGCAGCUAUGCGAGAUGAGAACGAGACCACCACUGUGUCUUUAUAAAGGUGUUUUUUUUUGUAUGAGCCGAUAGGGAAAAUACACUUGAGCGGCUGCGCCGAGCGAAAUUGAGGUGACACAGAUGAAAUUCGUACACUGGGCGUACGCGUAGUAAGAGUAAGGCGAGG